AUGAGUUCUGAUCAAAAUGAUGAGAAAGCUGAGCCAAAGGAGAAGACCAUCAAACAAGAAUUCUGGAAAUUCGAUGAAGAUGGCAACCCAAUUUUCGAAGAAACCACCGAUGUGAUCAAAACGGUUGAGUUCGAGCAAAAGAAAAGGUCGAGAAAAGAUUCUGAUGAGUACGAAGGUGAUGAUGAAGAGGAGCCAUUGUUGCAAGAAGAUGAAAGGAAAAAUACAAAGAAACGAAAUUUCAACUAUCUGAGAAAUCUAAUGGGAUUGAACGACAUUCGCCAGUCGGCUUCUAUUGAGGAUGCACUGCUACUUCUGAAUAAAGGAGAAAAGCACACGAAAUUCUCAUGUGCCCAGCGAUUAGGUUCUUUGUGGAUUUGGUUCUCUUUCAGCUGGUUGUUUCUGUUCGGAUUCUCGUGGUUCUACUUCCAUCUGCUUCACAAGACAGUUUGGGAGACUUUCCUACGCGUCGUUCCUUUUUCGAUAAUUUCUUUUAUCAUCGGUCUGCUUUCCAAAACUUAUAGAACGACUUGGUACAUCUCUUUGCCGUCUAUUUUUUGUUCGAGGGGAAGAAUGUUUCUCAUUUCUCUGAUGAUUAUUGGUGUCAUCAACGGACCUGUGAACAAUAUGAAGGUCAAUUAUGGCGUUUUCAACUCAACAAUCGACUGUACCAAAAAAGAUAUCGCCGAGCUGCAGAAGCGAGGAAUCGACACUGCCGAAGAAAUGAGGGAUGCUGUGGUAGUCGCUUUGGAUAAGUCAGCAACUCGGAUAGAAGAGAAAGUUGAGCGGCUAAAGGGCAAAUUCGGCAUUUUUUCCGACGCCCUGACCCUGGUCGCUGAAAGAAUGCGAGGAUUUACCGAGUUCCUGGGCUCUCUCAUGGUCAGCUGCGAAGAACAAGUAGCCGGGAGUAUAGCAAGAUAUGUCUGCGACUUUCCAGAAUGGGCGGGAGAGAAGCUCUUUGAUCCGAUCGAGAAGAAGCUUGAUAAAACUGUCAAGGCUUUCAAAAAGCAGUUUGAUAUAGACAUCAAAACUGAAGCGGAAUCAUCUUACAAGCAUGAAGAACUAGAAUCAAGCGUGAAACGAAGAGAAGAGCUCAAAAAGGAGAUGGAAGAAAAAUACAAGGAAGCAAAAGACAAAUUGGAAAAACGCCUCGAAACUGCGAGCAAUGUUUCUCUUCUUGUUUUUUCUUGUCUGAUGAUGGUCUCUUCCUACUUUUAUCUUCUCAAUUACAUGAACAAAGAUGACUUCGACAACAAGUACUUGACGGCGGAAUUCGAAAGAAUGGACGAAUUGAAAGCGCUGAAAGACGAGGAACUCCAGCCACUUGGUCCUUUAGAGAGUUUACGCUACAUCGAGCCGGACUCGAUUCGUCUAGUAGACGAAGACUGGAUGGAUUUCUUCAGUGAGGCGAAAACUAUUCUGAUUUGGACUGCUGGAGCUUUUGCCGUUAUCGGACUUGAUUGGGCGUUUUACGGAAUUUUAAACGAAGCAGCUAAAAAAGCAAAACGCGCCGUGAGCACUGUUUUCCCAGGAAUGGUCCAGCUUCAUUUUCGCGCCGCACAAGAUGUUCUCCACGAAGAGACUGAGAAAAGUGCGAAACCUGGUAUUUUCGCCGACAUUCUUGAAGAUCUCGCGACUUCUUUCGAGCACAUCAAUGCAGCGAAUCAGACAGAAAUCAGAAAAGGCUUCCAUGAGUGCAUUGGGACCCCGUUUGAGCCGGACAAAGGCAUCUGGACAUAUCAACUGACGAUUUGUGGACUGUUGAUUGUUCAGUUGAUCUUGGGUCCGUAUGUCAAAAGACUUAGAUUUCUGAUCUGCGCGGUUUCGUUUCCAAAAAGGCAGAAGGAGAGGAUCACGUGGCUUUGGCAUAAAAUAAAAACCGAUAGAUCACGUGGCUAUCUCCGCCGAGGACUGAACUCCCUCCGCCCAACUUCAUGGAAAGGCUUGAAAGGAAAAAUCGCCCGGUUUAUUUUCCGAGCAAACGCAUUCAUGUGCAAUAAUUGUCGAAGAUCGCGAGGUGCUGGCAAUGACCAUUUGUACAUGAUAUGUCACGUGGCUGGCUGUAACGCUCAAUACUGCUUGGAAUGCUUUGCUUGUAUGGAGAAUAUGUGUGGAAGGUGCAAUGGGGAGAUUGAAAAGCUGGAGAGUGAGGAUGAAAUUUCAGACUGUGGAGAUGAUACGGGAAUGAUGCCGUAUUUCUGA